AUGUCAACCCACGGAAAAUACGUGCGAGCUCCAGCUGAAUUGCUGGACAUGCAAGAAGACCGGAGUAUCGAUGAUUCAUUCUUCUCCGAUGAAUUGUUUCCUUCGGGACUUGGCGCUAUAGAAGUAGUCGAGACCAUCGAAGCGGACCCCGUAGGGACGGCUGACGUCGUAGGGGAUGAAGUCGACACCUCAGUAGAUGUAUGCGCGACAGAGAAGCCGACGGACGAAACUCCACCCACUGCGGUAUCGAAUGUGGACAUGCACGAAAGGGUCUUCAACCUCGAAAAAGUCAUCGCACACCUUGCACGAUCGUUAGAGUCGUCGAAAAGGUCUACCGACUUGCAGGAGACAAGCUCCGACACUCGGCAGGCGGUCGAGAAGGGCUGGGGAACCACUGGUGAGCAAAACGCAGAGACAAGUUCCGAUAAUCGACAGGCGGUCGAGAAGAGCUGGGGAAUCACUGGUGAGCAAAACGUGAUGGAUCGAGCCAGCUCCGGUUCAGCCUCAAGCUUCCGGUGGGACCAAAUCCCACCGUUUCCAAGAGACGUUCCGGCUAACAAACUCUGGGAGGAAUGGCAGCGGUUCCUCGAAAACUUCGAGAUAGCAGUCUCACUAUCCUGCGCUUUCGAUCCCGUCAGUCGAGCUAAACUACUUUUCCUGUCAAUGGGUCCGGACUUGCAAGGCAUUGUCAGGGCUGCUAAGCUUAGGCCGAACCUUGACAACUCGAUGUGUUACACCAGAUUCGUGAACAACGUAGACGCUCACCUGAAGUCGAUGACCGACACGUCAUCCGAACACGAAGCAUUCACUGGCAUGCAGCAAAGGAAAGGCGAAUCUGUUGUUUCCUUUCACUCGCGACUCACAGAAAAGGUGAGGUUAUGUGGGUACAGCCCGGAAGACCAAGAGCGUUUCGUCCGCACCCAGUUGCUGAAAGGUAUGCAAAACAAAGGGUUGGCCAAGACUGCCCGAACGUUCGGGUACGAAACGAACUACAUCGUGCAGUGUGCCACCAGGGAUGAGGCUUUCGAAGAAGACAACAAACAGAACGAUAACCGUGACCAGACUGCCUAUGCCGUAACGAAUCGAGGCGACGAUGACGACAAACGCUUCAAAAAGUACACUCCGAGGUCGCGAGAUCGGCUGGAAUCGAAGGUGAUCGAUCAAAAGUCUGGACGACAUGGUCAUGGGCGACGCUCUCGUUGCUCGAGGUGUAACCGGUUGUCCCAUUCUGGGAACCGAUGUCCCGCCAUCAACAAGAAGUGUAACAGUUGCGGCACUGUUGGCCAUUUCGCGAUGGCUUGUCGCAAAAGGCGCGUCAACCAGGUCCAAGACAAUCAUAACGUAAAACGGAAGCGAAACGACUCAUCGGACUAUAAUGAAGAUGACAUUGAUAAGCAGAGCGUAAACGCAAUCACGAUCGAAGACGUCCUAGUAGACUGCCGCAUAGGAUCGUCUAGCCCCAUAACCUUCUUGAUCGACUCAGGCUCCGACGUGAACAUAAUAGGUGGGUCGGACUGGGCUCAUCUGCGCGAGCAAUCGCAAAAAGGAUUAAUCAUUCUCGAGCCAGUGGUGCUUCCUAAAAAUAGAGAGAUUCGGGCAUAUGCCGUUAAGACCCCGAUGGUAGUUCGCCAUGCUUUUCGGGCUCAGGUUGAAGUAGCUGAGGGCACGAAACCAAUCGUCUCAGCUGAAUUUCUUGUGGUCGAAGAAGGCCGCAGAUCACUUUUGGGAAGGUCGACCGCGAAUGAAAUGCGCCUGCUAGAAGUCGGAUUGGGAGUCAACAACUGUGAGGAUUCUGGCCCAGCAGAAGUUUUCCCAAAAAUGCCAGGUAUAAAAGUGAAAUUCAGCGUAGAUAGAUCGGUACCGCCGGAGAAAAACGCCUAUUACAACGUGCCUGCCGCUUACCGAGAGGGAGCAAGAUUGCGUUUGGAAGAGAUGGAAGCUCGUGGCAUCAUAGAACGAGUUGACUCCGCACCCGAGUGGAUCAGCGGCAUGUCAGCCGUACCGAAGGGUAAAAACGAUUUCCGCUUGGUGGUGAAUAUGCGAUCACCGAAUAAAGCCAUCAAGCGUGAAUACUUCCGGCUUCCUUUGUUGGACGAGAUAAAGAUCAGAUUGCAUGGCUCUCGAUUCUUCACAAAAUUGGAUCUGAGCAACGCUUUCUACCACCUUGAGCUAGCCAAGGAAUCUCGGGACUUGACCACCUUUCUCUCGGAAACUGGCAUGUACCGUUUUACCCGAUUGAUGUUCGGCGUUAACUGCGCGCCCGAAAUUUUUCAGCGGGAAAUGAGUCGCUUGCUUGAUGGAGUUGAGAAUGUUAUCGUCUACAUAGAUGACAUCCUCAUCUUUGCAGAUAGUUUGGAAGCGCUACGCCUGACUACUGCAAAAGUAUUGAGAAUACUAAGAGAGAACAACUUAACACUGAACGUGGCCAAAUGCGAGUACGAGAAAACGCAUAUAAAAUUCUUGGGGCACGAACUCAACGAAAGUGGAUUCCAUGUAGACGAAGCAAAGGUCAAAGACAUCCGGAAAUUUCGACAGCCUACCACGGUGUCAGAACUCCGUAGUUUCUUGGGGUUGGCGUCAUUCCUGAGCUCGUAUAUUAAGAACUUUGCGGAUAUAACAAGCCCGCUAUGGGCUGUGUCCACGGCCCAGACUUAG